ACGGUGAAAGAUCCCCUCAUCCCAGUAGUUCAGGAGAUCAUUUCAGUUCGAAUUCACGAUCUUGAGAUUCUCGCACGCCUCAAAUCUGCUUCGCAAGAGUUCGAUUGCGGCGCGGUUUCGCUCGCAGAGCUUCGAGCUCGAGACCUUGUUUCGCGUGAUGGAAGACGACGAGAAAUCGCCGACCGAAGAGGAGACCAAGCAGCGGCAAGAAGCGUCGGCAGCGGAAGCUGCGAAAGCCGGCGGAGGAUGGGGCGGGUGGGGGUUCUCGCCGCUGUCGGUCUUGUCGGACCUCCAGAAGGCGGCGGAAGAGAUUUCGCGCAAUGCUGCUGAGGUUGCUAAAAAUGCUGCGAAGAGCAUGUCCGACAUUCAGAACGUUGAUGAGGGCUCGGAUUCUUCCAAGGAGGAAGAAGGGGCAGAUGAGUCUGCAGGAAUAGAGGAAAAGGAGGAUGAGAAUGACCAGCAGCGGAAAUCUGCAUUGGAUAAGCUGGAGAAUGCAAGUGAAGAAUCAUUGCUUGGUCAGGGACUGAAGGCUUUUGAUAGUUCUGUGGAGAAUUUGGCUUCAGGUGCAUGGCAAGCUUUGGGAAUUGCGUGGAAAGGGGGCACUACUCUAGUUCAUAAGCUCGAGCAUUCUGCUGCCAACUUAGCCGAAACCGUUCAGCAAGGUGGUCUACCAAAAACACCUGGUUCUGUUGCGCCAUCUUUGCUCGAGACUGGAAAAGCUUUUACUGCCAAGGGAAUUCAAGUGCUUGAAUAUGUUGGGAAGGAGACGAUGGAUCUACUCAUUAACGAGACUGGUAUUGAAGUUGAGAAGAAUUCCAAGGAAACCAACAAGUACACUGAGGAUGAUCAGUUGUUUGAGGAAGUCUCAUUUGAUCGCUGCUUCUACAUAUAUGGAGGUCCAGAACAGCUGGAGGAAUUGGAGGCACUAUCCAGUCACCAUGCUCUGUUAUUCAACCGAAGAAAAGCAAAGUUGCCUUCAGAACAGAAAUCUUUUUAUGAUGGAAAGCUCAAAGAAGUCCAGCAAAUAUUUAAUUUUAGUGAUGAAGUAGAUGGAGGUAAUACAGAGGCAGAUAAAGGAAAGAAAGUUGAGACUGUACCUGAAACAAAUGAUAACGAGAUGAAGAAUUUACAUGAUUCAAGUGUUAGCAAGGCUGCUGACAUGGCCGCAGGAUUUACGAAUGCCAUCUCUGGACUCUCAGCCGGUGAAAUGAUUCAAAGGACUGUGAGCAGACUGGAAGCUCUUCACUCUGAAGGGGUUCAUAGGCUCUCAGAGAUGUGCUGUUUUGCGGUGACUCAACUACUGAUGCUCGGUAAAUCAAUCAUAUCCAACACUAGCAGAGAUAAGAAUGAUGAUGACAUGGAUGUGAUGAACAUCGAAUGGCCUGAAGAUUCACUUGAAAAGGCCAAGAUUAUUAGGAUUAAGGCACAGUCAAUGACAGUCUAUGCAGAAGCAAUUUCUCGCAGUUUUAUUACCGGAAUUUCGGACGUAGCUGAAGCUUAUUCAGCAGCAAUAAAAGGGGCUACUGCAGAUUCACAUGGAGUUCCUCACGAGGCAUCGAUCCAGGAGAAAGCCAGUGCUUUCUCAGAGCAUCUCCGGGCUAAUCAGACUACAGCGGUUGGUAAAAUCCAGGACGGCCUGCAGUACUUGACAUAUGUGGUCAUCUCAUCCUCAAUGCCUGCUCCGUGAGGAACUUAUUCUCAGGUCUUCGUUCAGUUUUUAUGAAACCCAGACGCUUGUAAAUAGUUUAGUCCUAGACCCGAUUAUUGCUUAAAACUUUUUUUGCUGCUAUGCAUUUGUUUGAAUUUGGAAUUAUAGGAGCUUUUCUUUUUUAUCACCGAAGUUCCUAACAAUGUCAACUUGGUUGUGAAUGUCAACCGUUGGAAUUGUACACUACUAUGUGGAUGUUUUAACGAAGCAGAAUAAACCUCUUUAUUUGA